GUGGGCGGGAGCGCGCGGCGGGGCGGAAGUGGCCUCCCGCCCAGUCCUACCCUGCGCAGCCCGGUGGCAGCUCUCGGGCACCGGAUCCAGGCCCUCAGUGGCCUCUGGCUACUCCGUGGAGGUGCUGGCUUCAGCUGUCGGUACUUGAGAACGCUCUCACCAGCCUGAGCAACAGCACAGCCAAUCUGCUGUGCAUUCCAAGUGCAGGGGGCACGUGGAGAGGGGACACGCUCUGCCCUGACCACGCUUUCACCCUCCCUACGAAUGUGGUGUGUGCACAGGAGGCUCCCAUGAAUACACGUGGCCCUGUCAUCUGAGACAGAGGACUUCCUGGGUGGCAGUGGAGGUCCAGCCCCGUGUGCAGUCUGAUGCCCCUCCGCCCUUCUGACCACCUGGAAUGGAAUGAGCCUAUGCACUCCCUCCGGAUCAGCGUGGGGGGCCUUCCUGUGCUGGCAUCCAUGACGAAGGCCGCCGACCCACGCUUCCGCCCCCGCUGGAAGGUGAUCCUGCCUUCCUUCGCGUGCCUUGCCCUGCUCCUGCUGCUCUACCCGCACCGCCCCGCCCCGGGCAGGGCCCCCGCCCGCAACGCACACAACUGGAGGCUCAGCCAGGUGCCUGCCACCCACUACAAUGACACCUACCCCUUGUCGCCCCCCCAGAGGACUCCAGCAGGGAUUCGGUACCGAAUAGCGGUCAUCGCCGACCUGGACACAGGGUCAAGGGCCCAGGAGGAAAACACCUGGUUCAGUUACCUGAAGAAGGGUUACCUGACCCUCUCAGACAGUGGGGACAAGGUGGCUGUGGAGUGGGACAAAGACCACGGGGUCCUAGAGUCCCACCUGGCAGAAAAGGGGAGGGGCAUGGAGCUCUCUGACUUGAUUGUCUUCAAUGGGAAGCUGUACUCCGUGGACGACCGCACCGGGGUCAUCUAUCAGAUUGAAGGCACCAAGGCCGUGCCCUGGGUGAUCCUGGCCGACGGCGAUGGGACGGUAGAGAAAGGCUUCAAAGCCGAGUGGCUGGCCGUGAAGGAUGAGCAUCUGUAUGUGGGCGGCCUGGGCAAGGAGUGGACGACCACCACCGGGGAGGUGGUCAAUGCAAACCCCGAGUGGGUGAAGGUGGUGGGCCACGAGGGCAACGUGCAGCACGAGAACUGGGUGUCCAACUACAACGCCCUGAGGGCGGCUGCUGGGAUCCGAAGCCCAGGCUACCUCAUCCACGAGUCGGCCUGCUGGAGCGACACUCUCCAGCGCUGGUUCUUUCUGCCGCGCCGGGCCAGCGCCGAGCGCUACAGCGAGAAGGCCGACGAGCGCAGGGGCACCAACCUCCUGCUGAGCGCAGCCCAGGACUUCAGGGACAUCUCCGUCAGCCGCGUGGGAGAGCUCGUUCCCACACAUGGCUUCUCCUCCUUCAAGUUCAUCCCCAACACCGACGACCAGAUCAUUGUGGCGCUCAAGUCCGAAGAGGACAGUGGCAGGAUUGCCACCUACAUCAUGGCCUUCACACUGGACGGGCGCUUCCUGCUGCCAGAGACCAAGAUUGGCAGCGUAAAGUAUGAAGGAAUUGAAUUUAUUUAGAUAAAUGAGUUCUCAUGUGGACGGUUUUAGCUGCACCAGGACUCCCAAUUUCAUCAAACCGGAGGAAUGUACGUUUUUUUGUUUUUGUUUUUUUUUUUUUCUUUUUCUAACUGUAAUUCUUGUGCCUGGCCUAGAGAGUUCCAGAAUAUGGAGUUGAGCCCCAAGCUUGUGACUGCUGGAGAUGUGAUGUCCUGGAGCUAGGAGCCAAAAGCAGGGAUCUGGGUCAGCUGCACCUCAGACACCAGCGUCGUGCCUACACUACCACCUGGUGGUGGGGAUUGGUCACUGCAGACACCUUGAUUGGGGCCCCUGGCCUCCAAAGUUCUGCCGCACACCCUUCCUUCCCAUCUGACCUCCCUUUCUUGCCUUCCCACAUGCUCUCUGGCCGCUGCUUAUUUCCAAAGCACCUGGGGUAUGUUAAGCACUGAGCCACACCCUGGGAGCAGGUGUCAGUGUGAGGGGGGCCUGUCCAUCAGGAACUCCCAGGCCAGGCCUCUUCCUCCUCUUCUGUGAACUGGGCACUCCACAUACCCCUGCAGACCCUGGGAAAGUAAAUGUUUACAUGGUAGGACAUGGCCCCAGUGGGGGGCUGGACCUUAGGACUCACCUGUCCUCAGUGCUGAGAUGGCACCAGUCCAAGUCCUCACCUGAACUGUUCAUAAAAUGGCCACCGCUUCCCCUGGCCAAGAAGUCCACUUCCUCCCUUCUGUUGCUGUGUAGCGCACUGAACUUUUAAUUAUUAACUUAUUUUUAUUAAAAACAGUUUCCUAUAAAACAGAA